AAUGAACUUAAGGAACAGCUUAAAUUAAAGCUAGAAGAAGAUGAGUUUUCUAGUGAACAAUUGCAAAAAUUAAAAGAUAAAGGAAUUACCUUCACGCAGCUAUGGCAUAAAAAGUUAUAUUCUGCU